AUGGAUGCGUCAUGGAAGAAAAUCCUUUCGUUUGGUGGAUGGGCCGAGUCGACCGACGCAGCAACUUUCCAGCGGUACAAGGACGUGGUCAAGCCGGAGAAUCGUGAGACAUUUGCGAACAACGUCGUUGAUUUUGUCAAAAAGCACAACCUUGACGGCAUUGACUUUGACUGGGAGUACCCUGGUGCUACCGAUAUUCCCGGAGUCCCCGGUGGCCAAGGCGAGACCGACAACUACCUCGGGUUUUUGAAGCUGAUGAAGGAGAAGCUGAACGACAAGUCACUGUCCAUUGCGCUCCCGGCAUCGUACUGGUAUCUCAAGCCGUUCCCUGUUGCCAAGAUGGCGAAUUACCUGGACUACUUUAUUUACAUGACAUAUGACCUGCACGGGCAGUGGGAUUAUGGCAAUCAAUAUGCAAGCCCCGGCUGUGCGAAUGGAAACUGUCUCCGCUCCCAUGUCAACAAGACCGAGACGCACAAUGCCCUAGCUAUGAUAACCAAAGCCGGCGUGCCAGCCAACCAAGUCGUCGUAGGCGUCUCAAGCUACGGCCGUAGCUUUGGCAUGUCUGACUCCAGCUGUGCCGGGCCAAUGUGCACAUUCACCGGCGACUUCAGCACGUCCACGGCCCAGCCUGGCGACUGCACCAACACCGGCGGAUACAUUUCCAACGCGGAGCUUCUCCUUCUCAGCGACAACGCAAUCCUAGGCUAUGAUGGGUAUCACGCGAAAUCAUGGCACGACGACGAUAGCGACUCUGAUAUCAUGGUGUACGGCAAGAACGAAGAGCCGCAUAGCUGGGUGGCUUAUAUGAGCGAGGACACGAAAGCCGGCCGCGUCGACUGGGUCAAGGGGCUCAAUUUCGGCGGCGUCUCGGACUGGGCGAUUGACCUGGGAGACUGGUAUAAUGGCGUUGAUCCGGACGACGAUGAUUCGAGCUCUUUGUUGGCUGGUGGUAGGACGUACGAUGGUUGUCCAUCGGAUGACUGGCCUGAUACUUUGGACGAACUGAAUGAUAAUCUCGACAAGAUUGCCGUCGAAUGCCAGGCUCAGGCGGUGGUCCAUGUUCUUCUCUUGCAUGUCAACGAUGCAGUCUCUGACUAUGAGGAGGUUUCUUCCGGUGAUUAUGACGAAAAGUUCAAAUACUACGCCAAGUGGAUUCGAGACGGCAUCAACGACUCCCUCGACAAGUUCAUGUACCAGAACGGCUCCAAAUACAUGGACUGCGAGUGGAAGGGCACCGGCGAAGACGGCUCCGGACCCUGCACAGAAAUGAAGCGCGGAUCCGACAAGGGAACCCAGUACGUGACCUGGAAGAUGCGCGACGAGGACGGCUUCUACAAGGCCCUGAACAACGACUACGGCAUCCAGGAAGACUGGCUUGACUGGAAGGAAACCUACGAGCAGAGACAGCCCUGCACUUGCCCGGACAUCAAGCAUCCCAAUUGCCAGAUGUGCCGCGACCGAUACACGGAGGUCUACUACAACUGGCCCCGCCGCAAGGACAACGACGACGACAUCGACGUGCCGAACCCAAAGACUGUUGUCGACGGCGCCAUCCCAAACAUCACCUCCCUCUCGAGCACAAUGCUGUCCAGCUACUUCGACAUGCGCACGUUCUCCCUCGACGCAGACUACGGCGACGUCGCAACAUCCUUCAGCAUGCCCGUCUUCAUGAUGCAGGACGCAACGGAGCAGAUGAAAACGAUCAAGAAGAUCGGCGCCGAGGUCGAAGCAGCCGAGAAGAAGCAGCUCAUUAUGGGGAUCCUCACCAUCGUGUUCAUGGUCAUCCCGUUUGCCGGCGAGGCCACCGCUGCGAUAGGCGGUGCGGCUGCCAUUGCGCGCAUGGCGCUGGUUGUCGGCGAGGCAGGGAACGCGGCACUCACGAUCGCGGAUAUAGUUGAGGACCCGUCUUCUGCGCCGUUUGCCAUUGCGGGCUUGCUGCUUGGUGCUGGGGCCGCGGGACGGCCGACCAGGAGGGUUUUCAGGGAGGCUGCGGAUGCGCGGCGGGCGCUGUCGGCUGAGAAGCUGAGCAUGUUUAGUGAUGCGUUUCGCCAUAAGGAUACUAUUGUGCAGAAUAUUGUUAAGAGGUGCGCUGCUUAG